UCAAUCUGCCGUCUCUGUGGUCUAAUCAGGUACGUUGUCUGGUUUAUAAAGCCUCUCUCUUUGGUCUUUUCAUUUCCUCUUCCACUUCGCCGACGAGAUUAAAGUCCAAGACAGAACAAUCUGUGUGAAUGGAAGAAGUUACUCUGAUUCUCCUUUUCAAGAUUAUCUUAUGAAGAAGGAAUGGUGUUGAGAUGGGAAGGAGUGAUGUGUGGAGUUUCAGGAGAUGAAGGAGAGGCAACGUUGGAGUGGUGAAGAAGAUGCAUUGCUACGCGCCUACGUCAGACAGUUCGGUCCUAGAGAAUGGCAUCUCGUCUCCGACCGCAUGAACAAGCCUAUCAACCGUGACGCCAAGUCUUGUCUAGAGCGUUGGAAGAACUACCUCAAGCCAGGGAUCAAGAAAGGGUCUCUGACCGAGGAAGAGCAGAGGCUUGUGAUCCGUUUACAGGAGAAGCACGGCAACAAGUGGAAGAAGAUCGCCGCCGAGGUUCCCGGGAGGACGGCGAAGCGGUUAGGGAAGUGGUGGGAAGUGUUCAAGGAGAAGCAGCAGAGAGAGGAGAAAGAGAGUAACAAGAGAGUCGAGCCUAUCGACGAGAGCAAGUACGAUAGGAUUCUCGAGAGUUUCGCUGAGAAGCUUGUGAAAGACCGCUCUGUUUCGGUCCCUAUGGCUAGUUCAAACGGUCCUCCUUCUAAUCAUGUGAUCCCGCCUUGGUUAGCUACUCCUAACAACGGGAACAAUGUUGCUGCGAGACCUCCCUCGGUGACUCUCACUUUAUCACCUUCCUCCGUGGCUGCAGCGUCACCUCAACCGCCUAUACCAUGGCUGCAGCAGCCUGAGAGAGGAGACACUCAUGUGUUAGGGAGUAUGAUACCGUCUUCGUCUUGCAGCGGUGGUAGUGAGAGUGUGUUCAUGUCAGAGCUGAUGGAGUGUUGUAGAGAGUUGGAGGAAGGACACAGAGCAUGGGCGGAGCAUAAGAAGGAAGCGGCUUGGAGGCUAAGGAGGCUGGAGCUGCAGCUAGAGUCAGAGAAGACGAGUAGACAAAGGGAGAAGAUGCAGGAGAUUGAGGCAAAGAUGAAGGCUUUGAGGGAAGAGCAGAAGAUGGCAAUGGAGAAGAUUGAAGGAGAGUAUAGAGAACAGCUUGUGGGCUUGAGGAGAGACGCAGAGGCCAAGGAGCAGAAACUGGCUGAUCAAUUGAGUUCUAAGCAUAUUAGGCUCACAAAGCUUCUUGAACAGCACAUGGGUUGCAGGCAGAGGCUAUUAGACCGGCCAUGAACCCUGAACCAAACCUACUAAGAUGUCUUCUCCUCUUUGUUGUGUAUUGUAAUGUAAGCUUUUUGUUUUGAGUUUCUUUUUUUCAUUUGGUGUCUCCAAUGUUAAAUCAGACUUUUUGGUCCCUUUGUAUGUCUUGGUUUCUCUUCUUUAAAUCAUUUGGCAUCUCCAA